AUGGAAAACCUGGACCCAAGGCUCGGGAAUGCCCCGUAUUUCCGUUGUGAGAAGGGAGACAGUUCUGUCCCCGUGUGUCAAAAGUGCGAAACAUGUGUCUUGGCUUGGAAUAUCUUCUCGACCAAACAGUGGUUCUGGAGGAUAGGAGAGGUGCCCCGGAGAAGGUUUCUGGUGAGCAUCCUGGAGCAGCUGGGUAGCCUCUACUUGCUGCACUAUUUUCAGAAUAUCCUUCAGACCACGCAGGGGAAGGAUUUCAUCUACAGCCGGUCCCGGAUCAACCUCAGCAGGAAGGAGGGGAAGAUCGUCAGGUCUUCCUUGAACCAGAUGUUGGAUAAAACUGUGGAGCAGAAGAUGCGGGAGAUCUUGUUCUGGUUUGCGAGAAGCACCUACCGGACCAAGGCGAAUUACACGCUCUUUCUCCUGCAGAUGUGCGACCCCAAGCUGCUGCUGACCGCUGCCAAUGUCAUCAGGGUCCUGUCUCUGAGACAGUGGAACAACGUCACGGGCCCCAACCAAGACACUAGUGAUGUGUUUUUUUCUCCCGAGAAAGACUACAACGUGCCGUAUGAGACCUCAGAUGUUUUCUGGGCAGCCAGCACCAAGACUGCAUCCUUCCCUUUGUCCAGAGCUUCAGGAAAAGAAAAUUCGCUUGAAAACAGGGGGGGCGAAGCAUCUAAUACUGACGGACAAUGGAAGAGUUCCAUCCAGUGCAUUUUCGAGAUGAAUAGCCUGUUUUCCAGAAAAGCAGGCCUGUCGAAGGCCGAAUACACACCUUCCAAUCUGUUGGUUGACUUGGAUGUCGUCAAAGACCUGUCCUCUGGAGUCAGCAAAUACCGGGACUUCAUCCGUUCCCUGCCCGUUCACCUCUCCAAAUAUAUUCUAAGUAUGCUGGAUAAAAACAACCUGAACAGAUGUGCCUCUGUGAGCCAGCACUGGGCCAUGCUGGUACAGCAGGUCAAGAUGGAUCUGUCAAUGCAUCCUUUCAUUCAGAGCCAUAUUACCUUCUUGCAGGGAUCCUACACAAAGGGAAUCGAUCCUAACUAUGCCAACAAGCUUUUUAUCCCAGUUCCUAAAAUAACCGAUAACGGGAAGUGCAUACGUGUGAAAAAUCAGAAAUUGAAACUGAGAACAAAGAAUGACUACAACCUGUGGGCCGCAUACCAGAACCAGGAAACUCAGCAGGUCCAAAUGGAGGAGAGAAAUGUCUUCUGUGGGACUUAUAAUAUCCGCAUCCUCUCAGACACGUGGGACCGAAACAGAGUCAUUCACUAUUCUGGGGGAGAUCUGGUCGCAGUGUCAUCCAACCGGAAGAUCCAGCUUCUAGAUGUCAUACAAGUAAAGGAAUUACCCACUGAGUUCCGAGGCCAUGCUGGGAGUGUCCGCGCCCUCUUCUUGUGUGAGGAGGAGAACUUUCUACUGAGCGGGAGUUAUGACCUGAGUAUCAGAUCUUGGGAUCUGAAAAGUGGGGCUUGUAUACGAAUCUUCAAUGGCCAUCAGGGGACAGUCACUUGCAUGGAUUUAUAUAAGAACAGGCUCGUAUCUGGAGCAAGAGAUUGCCAGGUGAAAGAGUGGGAUAUAGAGACAGGGAAGUGUCUGAAGACAUUUAAACACAAAGACCCCAUCUUGGCCACCAAGAUCAAUGACACCUACAUUGUGAGCAGUUGUGAGAGAGGGUUAGUCAAAGUGUGGCACGUUGUCUCGGCCCAGUUGGUAAAGACUCUCAGUGGCCACGAGGGAGCCGUGAAGUGUCUCUGCUGUGACCAGUGGCACCUCCUCUCGGGAAGUACUGAUGGCCUGGUCAUGGCCUGGAGCAUGGUGGGAAAGUACGAGCGGUGCCUCAUGGCCUACAAGCAUCCAAAGGAGGUGCUUCACGUGGCCCUUCUCUUCCUCCGGGUCAUCAGUGCCUGUGCUGAUGGCAAGAUCCGCAUUUACAAUUUCCUCAAUGGGAACUGUCUGAAGGUGAUGAAAGUCAAUGGCAGAGGUGAUCCUGUGCUGUCCUUCUUUAUUCAGGGCAACAGGAUGGUGAUCAACACUGAGAGCAAUAUUCUCAUGUUCCAGUUUGAGAAUAUAAAGUGGCAGUACUCCGUGGACCAGGCCAAACAAAAGAAGAAAGAUAAAGACGAGGACAGGGAAGAAAAUGACCUCACAGAAGUUGCCUCCAGGUCUAGCACUCAGGUUUUCAGCCCAAGGGACUCGAUGUCCAGUAAACAAACUGUGGGUCAGGAGUCCCUGUUAAGUAAACCAUACAGGUCCCGAGUUUUCCUGAAGGACACCAGGGUACCUACAGAAGUCUUAUCAGAGGGACCUAAAAGUCAAAGAAAGUCAAAAUCACCCCAGAGAGAUGGCAAGAAGAGAGUGAAGGACGAGGAGAAAGUUCCACCUGGAGACUUGAUCAGGCGCUCAAAGAAAAAGCGCUGGCAAAUCCCCAUGUCACCGGACCAGUUCCUUCUCACGGUGAAUGCCCUGCAGCAGGCCCAUAAGUCAGGGGAGUUUGCCUAUCCCCGGAGGCCCCAAACCCAAGUCAUUGAUGCCUGGGGACCUUCAAUUUCACACCCAAGGAAGGUUCUGAAUUUCAAAGGAAUAUUGGUCCAACAGGCAGUUAAUAGGUUGCGACAUAGCAACCCACCCAUCGACGUGAAGCAAACCAGUAUUCCCCUGGAGAUCCAGAAACUGCAGCCCAACCUGAAGAACUCUUUGCACAGUCCCCGAGUCCAGUCCACCAUACCCCAGCCUGUGAUCGUCUACCCCAGAUUUGCUGGUGGCCUUAAGGGAGAAGACCAAGCGACCGGCCCCAUCGGCGGGACAGUGCGUAGCUGUAGCCCUUUAACCAGCCUGCAGGUCAUUAAACCGAACCGCAUGCUGGCUCCCUCCGUGGGCAUGCGAACCAAGUCCAUCAAGAAAGAUCGACCUCGUUUCUACACAACCCUUGAUCCCUUUAGAAUGAACACCGAGUUCAUGUUGUUGACCGUAAAGGAGGAGAAAGAGUAUAGGGAGGCCAAAAUGAAGGAGUUCCAGGCCAGAAAGCCCAGAGACGUGGUCAGUCCAGAAAAAGCUAGCAGAGCUGCCUGGAUCAGGAAGAUCCAAGGCCUGCCGAUCGAUCAUUUCAUGAAGCAAGGGAAGACAGCAGCCCCUGAACUUGGACAAAACGUAUUUAUCUGAACCAGCCUUGGGAAAUGAACAUCUUAGAAUAAACAGAGAACCCAAGAG